AUGGCCCAACACCAUGAACCCACCUCUCUCUGGUGGCCGGAAGAGAGAAUCAAGGCCACGCUCGACACCAAGUUUAUCGUUAGUCGCCUGCGUCCCGAAAGGGUGCCGAUGCUUUUGGAUCUGCCGCGCUGGGGGGAAGAUCUGACGAGUGUGACAUACAUGGAAUGGAUCUUGCUCAAAGCGGGUCGUCUAUUCCUCAUUCUCGAUGCCAUUGGUAUUCCCGAUCGCAUAUUCAGCCUCGUCGACGAGUCCCGCGACGAUGACGAUCUCCCGAUGGCCGAGCCGAACAUUGAUAUGCUGAACUUGAGCCCGGAUGGCAACAACCCUGCCCUCGAUGCUCGAUUCUUUCAAGCUCAAUGGCGCUUCUUGGUGCGGGGGAUUGCCGAGGGUGAGCAUGUCACUUAUACUGGAAAUGAAGGUGUUCCGGUGGAGGUCGUGCGGGCCAUCACCAGCGCCGGAGUUCAAGGUCGGGAUGAUACAGUCGACAAGGUCAUACUCGCCGGGUCGGUGUCUCGCGUCCUCAUGCGCACCCAAGUACAAGUCGGUGGAGCACCAUACUUUUUCACCUCUGAGGAGGUACUGGCCGAGGUCAAGAAGCUACGGAAGUUGGCACACCGACACCUCGUCUCCAUAUAUGCCUCAUACUUCGUCGAUGACACUGUAUGUGCACUCUUCACCGGCGCCGAGGCAGAUCGUACUCUAAACAGCUUCCUGACGGAUGAACCGCCGACCUUCAAACGUCUGGCCAAAGAGCAGCGCCGCCAGACAUUGAUUACCUGGCCACAUUGUCUGGUAUCCGCACUAUACUGGCUGCAUGCUCGUGGCCACGCACACGCGGCCAUUCGACCAUCCAACAUUCUCAUUGACCCCAAUUUCCAUAUCUACCUUGGCCAAUUCCAAGCCCUAGAUUCUCUGCUGGCACCGCCUCGAGUUAACGAUCUCGAGUCGUACCAGUACUCAGCACCUGAGCGCUGGGUCCGCACCGCUACUCCCAUCCAACCAGCCGCUGCACCAAGUCGUACUAUCCUCCCAUCUGGAGGUCGCACCGCACGAAGAAGAAAACCCGAGAAACUAGCCCUGUCUCCUCUAGAUGAAAACUCACAAACAUCACCCGACUUCCCUCGCCCAGACUCAGCCGGCUCAAAGGGCACGGUGAUCCGCAUCGGACUACCCGGCUCACCAUCCCGCUUCUCCUUCGCCUUCUCGUCCUCAUCCUCGUCCUCGGCCGCGUCAUCAGGGCCCAAUGAAGCAAUCUCGGUAAAGCAACAACGGCUGCCACUCUGGGUUACAAGACCUAGAAAGAUGCUCUCAACACCAUCCCUCGCCUCAUCCCACUCUUCUGCCUCUUCCUCCUCAGGCUCCUCGGUAACCCUACCAACCUCAUCAUCCUCACUCGGCCCAACAGUCCUCAGCACCUGGGAAUCCCACCAAACAAACAACUCCAUGCCCUCAGACCUCUUCUCCCUAGCCGCUACAAUCCUCGACAUCCUAACCCACGUGUGCAAACGCUCCAUAUCCUCCUUCGCCUCCCAUCGAAGCGCCCGCAACCGCUCCGCCGGUCGUGGAGGUGGCAUGGCCGAUGCAUCAUUCCACCUCUCCCGAAACGCAGUGCAGGUCCAAUCAUGGAUCGCCCUUCUAGAAGGCGACGCACUGAAACGGUGUCGUCGAGGCCGAGGCAGUGACCGGUUCUUCUAUGCCGUGCCGCCAAUUCUGAUGGUUAUCCGGGCGAUGUUAGCGCCGGAGCCGGAGAAGAGGCCUAGUGCGCGGCGGGUGCAGAAGUGUUUUGCGAAUGCGAUUCGGGAAAUUCCGAUGUUGCGGGGUGAGAGUGUGCAGCUGCAUUGUGUGGAUCCUGAGAAGGACGAGACGAGGAGAAAGAAGGAGGAGGAGAGGCAGGCGGAAGGGGAGAGGAUAAGGGAAUUGGAAAGAAAGAUGGUUGAGGAGGGGUCGGAGGAGAAGAAGGCAGAGACGAUUCUUACUUCAAGUUCUGUUUCUGAGUUUGAUUUUGGGUUCUCUGAGGUUGGGAGUGAUAGCGAGUCGGAUCAGCAGGAUCGGGAGGGUGUUCCUGAGGUUGUUAACGACGAGAGUGAUGCGGAAUCUCUGAUUAUACCCGUGGAGCGAGUGUCUCCUCAAUUGUCGCAGCCGAACCUGGAUUCCCAUUUGACUGGGAUAGAGGGAUUGACAAUUCGCGAGUAG